AUGACUACGAAAACUUACGCUACACAUACUGAUGUUUUUCGACCAUCAUCACCUCUUAAUGUUGAAUUUUUAUUGAAUGGUCAACGUCUUCAAUUAAAAUGGAAACCUCCAGCUUUUCCUCAAGGUCCGAUUGAUGAAUAUCGAGUGACUGUUGAUGGAGUUGAAGUAAAACCUCCUUUGAAAAAUACUAAAUUAUCUUAUGUAAUGAACAAAGAUUAUGUAGCGGGUAUAACUCAUACAAUGAAUGUACGUGCUUGUAAUAUAGAUACUCAAAAUCGAACAUUAUGUUCCAAUCCUAAAGAUACUGAAAUCUCAUAUCGUCAAAACAAGACAAUUAGUACUAGUUCAAAUAUUGCAUCCAUGCAAUCGACAUCAAUUAAACAAAUUUUAUUUAUGCUUAUUUUAUUGAUUAAUAUUUUAGUAAUUAUGUAG